GGGGAGGAGGAGGAUAUACAGAUAUUUUAUGUUAUUAUAACGUUAGAGCAGGGUGUGGGGGGUAUUACUAUACUACAGGUGGAGUAGAAUGUGGUGUACUAUUCCAGAUGUGUCAUGUUACUGACCAGUGCAGCCCAUAAAGAACAAGCCAGCCAGACUGGUGAGCUGUCUGGGGUGACACGUUAUCCUGGCGAGGUCCCAUCCAGGAUUACACAGCAGUGAAGAAGACAUCAGCCGUACCCAUGUGUCAGGAGGGCUAAGCAGUACCCAGAGCCCCAUCGCGGUGUCUCUACCUCACUCACUGAUACAUGAGAGGCACAAUGACCUGAAGAUCCUGGAACUCACCAACAAGAUCAUUCAGCUGCUGACUGGAGAGGUUCCUAUAAGGUGUGAGGAUGUCACUGUCUAUUUCUCCAUGGAGGAGUGGGAGUAUAUAGAGGAACACGGGUCUGUACAAGGACGUGAUGAUGGAAAAUCACCGACUCCUCACAUCACUGGAUGGAGCCGGUAGCAGGAAUAUGGCAGAGAGAUGUCCCCGUCCUCUUUAUUCUCAGGAUGAUACAGAGGAGAAACACAGCGUCCCACAGGAGGAUCAGGAAGAAAACCUCAGAGAUUUUCAUAUUGUUGUUAUAGAAGAGAUAAAAAAGGAGGAGGAUGAGCUCCAUGUGACUAAGGAGGAGGAAAUCCCUACAGAUAUCAGCACAGCAGAUGGAUGCAGAAGCAGGAAUACCUCGGAGGGACGUCUCCUUUUGUCUUCAUAUAUUAAAAAAGAAGAUAACAUCGUACAAGAUUCUCCAGGACAAAACCCCAUAACUCUGAAUAUACAUCCAGUGUUGGACAGGGGAGAUACGUCAUCUGAUCACUCUAAUAUUAAAGAAAGUUCUGAUACAUUAGAUGGUGUUACACAUAGAACAAGUCCUACAGGUACUAAAACGUUCCCCUGUUCUGAGUGUGGUAAAUGUUUCUUACAUCGUUCAGUCUUUGUCAGACAUCAGAGAAGUCACACAGGUGAGAAACCAUUUCCAUGCUCUGAGUGUGGGAAAUGUUACACACGGAAGUCACAUCUUGCAGUACAUCUUAGAGUUCACACAGGUGAGAAACCGUUCCCUUGUUCUGAGUGUGGGAAAUGUUUUGCUGAGAAACCAAAGCUGAUUGCACAUCAGAGAAAUCACACCGGUGAGAAACCAUUUUUCUGUUCUGACUGUGGAGAAUGUUUUGCGCAUAACUCAGAUCUUGUUAUUCAUAAGAGAAGUCACAUGGAUGACAAAAUAUUUUCGUGUUCUGAAUGCGCGAAAUGUUUUACACGGAAAUCUAGUCUUGUUAUACAUCAGAGAAGUCAUACGGAUGAGAAACCAUUUUCGUGUUCUGAGUGUGGGAAAUCUUUUACACGGAAAGUAGAUCUUGCUAGACAUCAGAGAACUCACACAGGUGAGAAGCCGUUUUCAUGCUUUGAGUGUGGGAAAUGUUUUACACAAAAAACAAGCCUUGUUGUACAUCAGAAGAUUCACACAGGAAAAAAUCCAUUACCAUGAGGUGAUAGACAAAAUAGGUUUGCAUCAAAAAUCGAAAUAUUGUAAAAUAUGGGGGCGUGGCCUAACUGGGCAUGGAGUAGGACUUGGGUUUCCUAGUUCCCCGACCUCAUACUCCUGCAAUUCCUACUGCAGUCCUUUGAGAAAGCCCAACAAGGCCUAUUAAGGUGUCUUAAUGGUCACUGCCUAGUUUGAGCUGUAUUUGAAAACACUCCUGUGCCUCUACCCUUUGUGCCUCACGAUAGCAUGUUGCUCCAGCCUGGGUGCGGCCCGUGUGUGUCCGGCACCAUCUUAGGGUCUGGUGGAUCUGGCAAUCUCAGUCCUGCUCACCUUCUCUGACUGGCCCCCCUCGCAUGUGUCUCUGGAGUCAAGUCUGAGACAAGCUCUGCUUUGUCUCCAUGGCUCCUGGUGUCCCUCGGUGCGGGAUAGCUGACGGCGGGGACCACUCCCACAGCCUGUGAAUGCCGGUCACCAUAUUGAAUUUGGCAGUGAGUGCGGCCUUGCUUCUGCCUUCAUCUUCCUUUGUUAUCCCAUCUAAGCUGCCAGUGCUGGAUCCAGGGCUGCAGUGACCCUCAGCGCUGUCCUGCAAGCAUCAGGAGUUUGCUGCACCGGGUUGACUGCGGAGAAUACCCCGCCAUCCUACUGACGCUAGUCGCCAUCUUGGAGUCGGACUUCGGACCCCAGCCAGACUCCUGUAUCUCCUGCCUGGGCCUGGCUGCUGGAGAUGUCUGAGAGGUGUAGAGCGGUGAGUGAUAGUCCUCCCCCUCUUGUAAUUCUGGAUGCCUGCCUGUGUUCCAGGGUUCUGGGCACUGUGAUUCUGUUAAAAGGGGUGGCUGUGCGGACUCUGGGUGGCCUCUCUCCCCUGGAAUAUAAUUAUAUAGCCCUUCUGGAGCUGUACUGUCACAUAUGGGUUCUGUUUCUCUGCCUUCUGGGAGAUUUAUAAAUUUAGCUUAUUUAGUACUGCUGUACUGCUUGAUGGUCCGAUGACACCGUACUCCUACUGCGGCCCAUUUGGCGAAAUUUGCACAUGGAGAUCGGACCCCAUCUUGAUUUUUAUCUUCAUCUCCAUCUCAUACUGCCUCCUCUUCUCCCUCCCCCAACAUGGCAGAGUCCUCUGAAGUUACUAUGUCCCAACUUUUGCAGGCUAUUACUGUCUCUGAGAAACAUCUUGCUGAUAAAGUUGCGGAGGUGCACACCGAUAUUUCUUCUAUUCGCCAAGAUAUGCAAAAACUCGGGCAUGGUUGGAGAGCCGGAGAACUGCAUUUCUACCCUAGAAGUUUCCUAUACCCCCAUUCCUGGCCGACUAACCUCCCUAGAAUCACAGAUGUCAGCAUGUAAACUCAAUUGAACUGAUAUUGAGGGGCUCCUCCGGCCAUUUUGUGGGCCUUCCUGAAAAAGCAGAGGGUUUACAGCCUGAGCACUUUCUGGAUAACUGGUUAUUAUCUACCUUUGGCAAGGAGUCAUUUACAAUUUGCUGUUGAACGGGUCCACAGAGUGCCCACCCAUCCUCUUCCUCCUAGUGUGCAGCCCAGAACAUUCAUUGCCAAGAUCCUUCAUAAUAAGCCUAAGUAAGUGGUACAGAGUUACAGUUUCAUGGGAAACAGUUACAGCCAGCAUACAUCACCCUUAAAUCAGUGGACAGUCAUCUCCAUUUAGAAUCAGCAACAAUUGAGCUUCCUGGGUAAGGGAAAAUACUUAUAUACUGUGUAUUGGAGAAGGUACAUGUCUGGGGCUGGGUCUUCUGCUAUUAGUCCAGGGGUGGGACAUAUCCAGUACACUGGGGAUCAUUGGUCGGCUCAAACGGUUGGCGAUGUCUAAGUCCUGAGAUGUGAUUACUGUUAUUUACAUUUGAGUUCCCGCCCCAAGACCAGUCAAACCCAGCACAUUAUCAUACAGUAAUAUACAGGAAUCCGGUAUAGCUAAUAACUUGUUGCCGCAAUAUGUGACAAUAUCCUCGCAACCACCAAAUUACUGCUUACGUGACCCUGAAUAGUUUGAUCCCACACAUGAUAUAUUUAUGCAAUCCCAUCCUUGUGAUAUAUAGUUUCCUGCUAUUACAAUUACGUUAUGAAAUAUAUAUAAACCGUGGGUUAGAGGUGUUUAAAAUUAUUUGUAGGAGAAUAUAAAUGUUAUACAUUUGAUAUAUCAUACAUCAAUGUCUCGUCUGUACUAUAUUGAAUGUCACCUUUUGGUGGUCUUGUUUAAAUCAUUUAAAGGUUUUAAGCAAAUAA